AUGUAUUUUUAAUACAAAAGCUACUUAUAUAGAUUUGUAAAUUCCAUUUUCAACAAUUAAACUAGAACUAUUUUUAGUAAAGUACAUAAGUGGUAUGAAAAUUUAAUUAAUUUUAAUCUAUGGAGAGUGAAAAUUAAAUAGAAUCAUUUUAUUUCUUGUUCAAAGGGUAGGAUUGAUCCAUUUUAAACUUGGUUGCUGUAGAAUCAAUUUCUUCAUCUGUCUGGAGAUAACAAUAGCUGGUUCGUUUUGAAAGAAGUUAUAACGAAUGACAGUGGGAUUGAAUUUGACUUUGUUGUGGUUCUUGCCCAGCUUUUUGUGCGAAUAUUAUGUUUAAUUGAUAUGAGUUGUAGAAUAUUCCUCUUUGGAUUUGACCUUGACUUCAAAAUCAUCUAAACACUGUACGCUUUGAUCCUCGUGAUUUUGGUAGAGUCCUAAGGGAAUCAGAAAUACCUAUUUUGGACCUAUCAUUCGGUAAUGAUAUAAAUUUAUUUAUAAUUUCAAGUAUUAAUUCCUCUUUAAAAAAUAAUUAAUAUUUUUAUUAUUAAUUCAAUGUAAUCUGUGAAAAUGAAGAAAGUAAUCCAAAUUCUUCUGAAAAGUACUAUUUUUCAAGUCAAGUAAUAAAGUUCUUAGUUAAUCUGCAUUAAUUAUUGA